AUGAAGGGCUUCAUCGGCGGAAUCCCUGUGGCACUGCUGGCAGUUGCUGCCCAGGCCAAGUUCGCUGAACGCCAGGAGAAUGACUUCCAUCCCAAGACUGGUGGUACCGUCAUUGGUGGGCCUUCUGGCGAUCAUGCUGACGGCUUCGUCAGCCCCUACUCGGCUAAUAUCAAGACCGAUACCAAGGUCAACGAGUGGGAGAAGGAUGACCACUCCGUCAAGUUGACACACACGGAUGUGCACCCUCACCCUCACGUGGUGGGUGUGCCCUUUGGCCACGGCCCCCAGGUCCCUGGAAUGGGACCAUUCCAGGGAAAGCGUGACGCCCCCUAUGGAGGAACUGCCAUGGGUGGCCCCUCUGGCAACGAUGAGGGCCAGAGCUUCGAUAUGUCGGUGACUGCUAACUUCAACACCGAGACCGAAGAGGAGAACAAGGAUGACCACUCCACGGAGAUCGAGAACACGGAUGUCCACCCUGCUCCUCCUGUCCAUGUGCACCCUUAUGGCGGAUACCCUGGUCAUGCUGGCCCUGCUCCCGGUAUCUUCCGUCCCGGCACUUUUGCUAAGCGCUUCGGGCACCCCCACGGCGGUGGAACUGCCAUUGGUGGCCCCUCCGGCAAUGAUGGUGGCCAGAGCUUCAGCGCUCCCACCAACAUUGAGACUGACACUGGCAUCAAUGAACACAAUGAGGAUGACCACUCCAUCGAGCUAGAGCAUGAGGAUAUCUACCCCCACCCUCACGCCGGGGGCUUUUCUCCCUUCCGUCGCUCUGAGAACUUUGGCCCUCCUGGCCACGGCGCUCCUGGUCACUUCGAGCCUCACCAUGAGUCCCACUUUGAGCCUCACCCGGAGUCUCACUACGCGCCUCACAGUGAGUCGCACUAUGAGCCUCACCCCGAGCCGCAUUACGAGCCUCACCCCGAGCCUCACUACGUGAACCACCAGGAGCCCCACGUUGAGCACCACCCGGAGCCGCACUAUGAGCCUCACUACAGUCCUACCUACGCGCCUCACCACGAGCCCCACACCACAUUCGAGCACGAGCUUACUGCGGUGAAGAACAACAACAAUGGCCCUUCCGCUGGCAGCAUUACCUUUGGCCGACGCGGUCCCACUUCGAGCCUCACUCCGAGCUCGCACUUUGAGCCUCACCCCGAGUCUCACUACGCGCCCCACAGCGAGUCGCACUAUGAGCCCCACUCUGAGCCGCACUACGAGCCUCACCCUGAGCCUCACUACGUGAACCACCAGGAGCCCCACGUUGAACACCACCCCGAGCCUCACUAUGCGCCUCACUACAGCCCUACCUACGCGCCUCACUAUGAGCCUCACACUACGGUGGAUCACGAGCUCACUUCGGUGCAGGGCAACAACAACGGUCCUGCUGCUGGUGGUAUCUCCUUUGGUCGCCGCGGUUUCCCUGGCGCCGGGUCCCACUUCGAGCCUCACCAUGAGUCCCACUUUGAGCCUCACCCGGAGUCUCACUACGCGCCUCACAGUGAGUCGCACUAUGAGCCUCACCCCGAGCCGCAUUACGAGCCUCACCCUGAGCCUCACUACGUGAACCACCAGGAGCCCCACGUUGAGCACCACCCGGAGCCUCACUACGCACCUCACUACAGCCCUACCUACGCGCCUCACCACGAGCCCCACACCACAUUCGAGUCUGAGCUCACUGCGGUGAAGAACAACAACAACGGCCCUGGCGCUGGUGGGAUCGCUUUUGGUCGCCGUGCGUACGCUCCUACUCACGAGACUGACGCUACCGUUAUUGGAGGUCCAUCUGGGGAUGACGAGAGCGGUGGCUUCUCCGCUCCCACCAACAUCGGUGUGGCCACUGAUGUGAACGAGCACAAUGAGGACAACCACUCCAUCGAGGGCGAGUUCACCGACGUCCACGGUCCUGCUGACUACUCCCCGGGAGGACGCUCCUGCGUGCAAGAGAUUGUCCACACUGUGACCAAGACCCAGUACCACACUGCCUUGGAGACCAAUGCCAUCCCUGUCCACGCUCCUCAGAAGUUCGGCGCUGACCCGUACGCUAACUACCCCGAGCACAACGCUGGAGCCGACCCCUACGCCCCCUCAGGAGCCGGUUCUCCCAACUAUGAUUCCGAGGAUGUCCCCUUCGUGCAUGUGCCUAUGGCCUCCUCUCCCGCGGCCACUAGCGCCGUCUACAACUACCCCGAGCACUCCGCCGGCGCUGACCCCUACGCUCCCCACAAGUAUGCCGCUUCCCAGGGUCCCUCGUACUCCAAGAUCGCCGUGCAUGUGCCCAUGGCCACCCCUGCCUCGUACGGAGUCUUCUCCAAGGCCAGCCCGUCUAGCAGCAUGGGCCAGAUGAUCCCCACUAGCGCCUCCGCUCACAAGGCAGCUGCUUCUUCUGCUUCCGCCUCGCCUUCUGUCUCUCAUGGAAUCAUGUUCCAGGGUGACGCCGCCCGUCUCUCUGGCGGUAUUGUCUCCGCUGCUGCUGCUGUCAUGGGUGUCCUUGCCUUCAUCCUAUAG